UGGUGACGUCGCCUUUCAAUAUUUUCUUCUUUCUUUUACCAACAAAGAUUCGAAUACAGUCAACAGAUAUCGUCAUUGCCAGACAGUGUCGCUGGAUAUCAUCAACGCCUGUAGAUUGAUUUACAGACAUCAUUGACAACAGAGCAGAAGAAGAAAAGAGCACAGCAGACAUCAUCACCAUCAUGUCGUCAACCAUCUUCUACCCCUCGACGCCAAAGGACGAGCUCGUCAAGGCAUACGUGGGAAAAUCUAUUACCGAGAUUCCCACGCCAGCGGCCGUCAUCAAUGUUGCUGCCGUGCGUCGAAAUUGCCAGCGCAUGCUCGAAGCUUGCUCCAGCCUGCAGCUUGGAUGGCGAGCUCAUGUCAAGACUCACAAGACGGUAGAAGCUACGAAGCUGCAGGUUGGAGAUGACAUCUCUCGCCCUGUAAACCUCGUCAUGUCCACCCUCUCAGAAGGCGAACUCCUGCUCCCAGCGCUACAAGAAUACGUUGCCCAAGGCCGAAAAGUAAACAUCCUCUACGGCCUCCCCAUCAACGCCCUUGCUGUUCCCCGACUCUCCAUCAUUGCCGCCGCUCUCGGCCCCGACGCCGUCUCGAUCCUCCUCGAUGACCCUGCCCAGAUCCCCAUUGCUGCACAGCUCCGCGCCAGCUCCGGUGUUGUGCCCCGAGCAUUCAUCAAGAUUGACAUGGGCGGCCGCCGUGCAGGUGUAGAGGCGGACAGCGAUAGAUUUGUCUCAGUAGUCAAGGACGCUCUUGCAGCUCAUAAGAACGGCGACAUCAUCAUCCACGGCCUUUACUCACAUGCUGGACAAUCUUAUGGUGGUGAUAGCAGAGUCGCCGCUAUGAAGAUGAUGGGAGCAGAGACUGGCGCUAUGCUCGUCGGUGCCGACAAGAUCAAGGCCGUGGCUGCAGAAAGCGGCGUCACCGACUUGCCUACACUGGUUCUCUCUGGAGGUGCCUCUCCUACAGCGCUGUCGAUUCAAAACCUCGUCCAGCAGAACCCCAGCGCGGAGACUGCUACUCCGGAGCUCCAAACUGAAGUCCAGACUUUAUCUACAUUAUUCGAAACCGCCAAGAAGAACGGCCACGCUGUGGAAAUCCAUGCUGGCGUGUACCCCGUCCUUGACUUACAGCAGCUGGCCGCGCAUAGCAUCUCGUCAUCGCUUCUCUCAUGGGGUGAUAUUGCACUCACCAUUCUGGCGCAAGUACACAGCACCUAUCCCGGCCGCGGCGCCGACGGAACACCAGAGGCCCUGAUUGGUGCUGGUGGUCUUGCCCUCGGCCGCGAAUUCUGCAAGGCCUACGAUGGCAUGGCCAUGGUGACCCCAUGGGGCCGCAAGGGUAUUGAGCUGCCAACGUGCGAUGUGGAGGAUGCUGAGGAGUGGACGGUAGGCCGCUUCUCCCAGGAACACGGCAUCUUGACCUGGGCAGCCGGCAAGCGCAAGGGAACUCCCUCGAAGCCGCCGACGGACGAGGUUUCAGUUGGCCAGCUGGUCAGGCUGUGGCCGAACCAUGCGUGCAUCACGAGCAGUCACUUUGGAUGGUAUUUUGUAGUAGAUGAGGACCGCAAGGGUAAGGAGGAUGAGAUUGUCGACAUUUGGGUCAAGACACGAGGAUGGUAAUACAACGGCAUAUGUUCCGAAAGAGAAGUUGGUGUUGCAUGAUGGGGGAGCAUUUUCUUACUGGCGUUGAUAUUGGUGGUUGUUGUGUUAAUUCAUGCAUAGAUUGGGGGAGCAAUAUAAUAAAGAUGAAUGAACUGCAAUAUAAUCCGUAUAUAGAGCUUGGCUGUUUACACUUCUAGCGGUAGUUGCUCAAGUAGUAAGACGAGUGACGUGAUAGCUUAUGCGCUGCCACACGUUAAGCCCGCUGCCAAUACCGCUCUAUAGCGCAAUGGUGUAUUCGCUUCCCGCCAAUAGUGUGUGGUAUAGUGGCGUGUGUGGUGUGGUGCAGUAGUUGGGGGCUGGAACGUUGCAAUUGAGAAAGGAAAAAAAAACCGCGCGGGAUGCGUGGGGAGAUGGAGAGGAAACGCUCAGUAAUGCCAGUCUGCCUUGCUUAUGAUUCGGUGUCUUUUUUUUGCUGUGCUCAGUAAUAGCUGGCGGUUUUAUACCGGCAACACCAGGCACUUGACAUCACCAACUCCGACAGUAAGUGCAUCACCAUCAGCUAUCACCUUGUUUCUAUCCGCUGCGUUGUUUC